UGACUAGAGCCAAAAUGGCGUCGGUUUCCCCGAUUCUAGUUGCAACUCCCUUCUUUCCCAUUCCCUCGGUUAAUGAUGGCGUCCCACAGUACAGGGGGCAGGGUGUCUUGCGGGAGAGAUUUGAAUUGUGUGCCCGAGGUUGCUGACACACUUGCAGCGGUCGCUAAACUUGGGUUUGACUUCUUGUGCAUGCCCCUCUUCCACCCGAGGUUCAGGAGGGAGUUUGAGUUGGAUCCCGCCAAAGUCCGAUCUGGAGCACAUACACGCUCGGACCUGCUACUUUGUGGGCGAGACUGGAACACUCUGGUUGUUGGAAAGCUUUCUCCGUGGAUCGAGACAGACUCAGAGGUGGAGACGGAGCGCAGGAAUUCAGAAGCGGCUCUGGUCCAGGAGCUGAACUUCUCAGCGUAUCUGGGUCUGCCAGCCUUUAUGAUCCCUCUGAAGGGCCCUCACUGUGCCAACCUGGCCCGUGUGCUGCUCAACCACAUCCAGACUGGACACCACUCCUGCAUGUUCUGGAUCCGGGUCCCCCUGAUUUCCUCUGAUGAUAUGCGUGAUGACAUCAUCGAGAAUGAGCAAACGAAACACACAGAUGAUGGCAGUAAUGACGAGAAGACCUGGGCCUGGUGGCAUUCAUUCAGAACUCUUUGUGACUACAACAAGAGAAUCUGUUUAGCCAUUGAGGUUGGCGCAAACAUGCCCACCAACGCUGUGAUCGACAAGUGGCUUGGAGAGCCAAUUAAAGCAGCUAUUCUUCCCACUAGGAUCUUUCUGACCAAUAAAAAAGGGUUCCCAGUCCUUUCAAAAGCCCACCAGCAAAUCAUCUUCCGUCUAUUCAAGCUUGAGGCCCAGUUCAUCUUCACUGGCACCAGUCGUCACAGUGAGAAGGACUUCCGCUCUUACUUGCAGUACCUUGAAUACCUCAACCAGAACCGCCCUGCCCCCAAUGCCUAUGAACUGUUCGCCAAAGGUUACGAGGAUUACCUACAGUCUCCUCUUCAGCCUCUCAUGGACAAUCUGGAGUCUCAGACAUAUGAAGUGUUUGAGAAGGAUCCCAUCAAAUACUCCCAGUACCAGCAGGCUGUGUAUAAGUGUUUAAUGGACAGAGUCCCGGAGGAGCAGAAGGAGACCAAUACACAGGUGUUGAUGGUGCUGGGUGCUGGGAGAGGUCCUUUGGUCAAUGCCUCCCUGCGGGCUGCCAAGCAGGCUGACAGAAAGCUCCGUAUCUACGCUGUGGAGAAGAACCCCAACGCUGUCGUAACGCUUGAGAACUGGAAGUUUGAGGAGUGGGGCGAUCAGGUGACCGUAGUGUCAUGUGACAUGAGGGAGUGGGCGGCACCUGAGAAGGCUGACAUCAUCGUCAGCGAGCUGCUCGGGUCCUUCGGGGACAAUGAGCUGUCCCCAGAGUGUUUAGAUGGAGCACAGAACUUUCUCAAAGAUGGUGGGGUGAGCAUCCCCUGUUCCUACACCUCCUUCCUGGCCCCCCUCUCUUCCUCCAAGCUGUAUAAUGAGGUCCGGGGGUGCAGGGAGCGGGACAAGGACCCUGAGUGCCACUUUGAGACCCCUUACGUAGUCCGACUCCACAACUUCCACCAGCUGGCUGAGCCCAAGGCCUGCUUCACCUUCAUUCACCCUACCACAGAUAUGAACAACAACCGGUAUCAGUGCCUCAGAUUCUCUGUGGGGUGUAACACAGUGUUGCAUGGCUUUGCUGGAUACUUUGAGACCACACUCUACGGAGAUGUCACACUCAGUAUCAAGCCAGAGACCCACUCUCCUGGAAUGUUCUCCUGGUUCCCCAUCCUCUUCCCUCUCAAACAACCGAUCCCUGUGACGAAGGAUGAUGACGUCGUGGUGAGGUUCUGGAGGUGUAACAAUGGGAAGAAGGUGUGGUACGAAUGGGCCGUGACAGAGCCCUCAUGCUCCGCUAUCCACAAUCCAGCAGGACGAUCCUACACCAUCGGCCUGUGAAGAUCUCACACCCACAUACACCCACAUGCAUACAGACGCAAUUAAACAGGCACUUAGUUGCAAAUGAAGUUGAGGUAGUCUUGCUCAAAAGGUCUAGCAUUUUACCUAUUCACCUGUAAUCAUGAGCCUGCUCAUACCAUGAAACCUACAGACCAGGGUCACAGUGAGGGUUUAGAAACCUACAGACCAGGGCCAAAUUGAAGGUUUAGAAACCUACAGACCAGGGCCAAAUUGAAGGUUUAGAAACCUACAGACCAGGGCCAAAUUGAAGGUUUAGAAACCUACAGACCAGGGCCACAGUGAGGCUUUACAAACCUACAGACCAGGGCCAAAUUGAAGGUUUAGAAACCUACAGACCUGGGUCACAGUGAGGCUUUACAAACCUACAGACCAGGGUCACAGUGAGGCUUUAGAGCUGGGAAUAAGAACCCAAUCAAUGGUUUAGAUGGGACCGAUUUUGAGGCUGUUAAUUUACAGUAUAGUUAGUCCAUGCCUGAAACUGACUCCUAUCAUCCACAUACAUUCCCAUACCUAUUGAAUUUAAGUUACUUAUUUUGCCGGCAGUCAAGAGACCCCCAAUGGCAGUAUUCAGACAGGCAGCUGAAUUUUGAUAUUUUAUUCACUAAUUGUUCUUUUGACCAAUCAGAUCAUCUAUGAAAAAUAUCUGAUGUGAUUGGUCAAAAGACCUAUUCCAUACUAUAACGGAUCGAUGAAAUGGCUCUAAAUUGUAACUCGACACACUUAAACUGGUUACAACUCCGAUACAGCAGUGUGUAGGAGAUGGGCUGUUCAGGUCAUAUGUUUUUCAGGUGUUUGUUUCUUUUUGUUACGUUUUUUGUCGGAUCCAUAUUGUCAAUAAAGACAAUUACUAGCAA